CCGAGGACACACUAUGGCCGGUGGUGGCAAUCCAGCAGCCAAGAGGAUAGUGGUGUACCGGAAUGGAGACCCCUUCUCCCCAGGCCACCAGCUGGUGGUGAGUCAACGCCGCUUUCCCACCCUGGAGGCCUUCCUCUGCGAGGUGACAUCAGCUGUGCAGGCCCCAGUGGCUGUGCGGGCCCUCUAUACGCCUUGUCACGGACACCCCGUCACGGACCUGGCGGACCUGCAGAAUGGAGGGCAGUAUGUGGCUGCUGGCUUGGAAAGAUUCCGGAAGCCACACUGUUUACCCCCCGGAAUGAAGGCUCCAGGUGGAAAGAGCAGCAGCCAAUCAGGUCCUCCUGUGACUCACCACCUGUGUGAUGGGACCCGUGGACCACGACCACCUGCAGGUUCCCUCUGCUAUAUCCAUGUGUUCAGGAAUGGGGACCUGCUAAGUCCCCCAGUUAGCCUGAAGCUGUCCCAGGCUGCCAGCGAGGACUGGAAAACAGUGUUGAAGCUCCUGACUGAGAAGGCCAAACUACAGACCGGACCUGUGUGCAAACUCUGCACCCUGGAAGGGCUCCCGCUGUCAGCAAGAGAGGCUCUGGUGAAUGGCCAUUACUAUGUGGCUGUGGGAGAGGAGGAGUUCAAGGCCCUUCCCUAUCUGGAGCUGCUGGUGCCUAGCCCCUCACUGCCCAGGGGCUGCUGGCACCCUCCCGACCCAAAGUCUAGGCCUCACAGGCAGUGGGCCCAUGGCCAAGAGGCACAGACAACCCAGGCCUCUCCAAAGGCGCUGAGCCAAAGUGAGCCAUCUGCUUUUUAUGCCAGACGCCAGCAGACCAUUCAGCCAAGAAGCCGGCUCCCCACACUCUCAUUUCCAUCAGGAGUCCGGGGAGUGUAUGGAGCUCCCGGCCCUCGGAAGGAAACAGCAGGGGCCCAGGAAGUGCCAGACGAUGAAGCCCCCUGCUCCGAGGAACCCCUGGAUCAGCAGCCUGUUCCAGGGGACCCAGCGCCCCACCUGGCCUCAAAGGAUACCCUGUAGCCCCCUCAGUCCUGCCCCACUCUUCUGCUCCUAAACCCACAUCCCAGUCAUACUUGCCUUCUGAGCAGAGCAGCCCUGGCCAGAGAGAAG